CUGCGUCUAUAUAAGCAAUCUUAGUAGCUGUUGAGCUAACAUAAUACCUAUCCACUCCGAAUCGAACAUGUCGCUAAGUUGUAAGACGCUGCUCCUGUCACUACUGCUAGCUUGUAUUGGCUGCUUGGCUCUGUCGGCUGUGCCGGCUGUGCCCGAGCUGCGCCUGGAUGGACGUAUUGUGGGCGGCGUUCAGGUGUCUAUUAAGGAUUAUCCGUAUCAAAUUUCACUGCAGCGCAAUUUCCAUAUGUGCGGCGGCUCGUUGAUUGGAUUGGGCUGGGCCCUGACCGCCGCUCAUUGUGUGGAGAGCGCCAGCGUGGAGUUGUUGAAGGUGCGAGUCGGCGCCACGCACAAAGAUAAUGACGGUCUCAUCGUCGACAUACAGCGCAUUCAUCGUCAUCCCAACUACAAUUCACGAAUUAUCGACUAUGACUAUGCCCUGCUCGAGCUGGCGUCCUUUGAUGGCACAAACGUAACGCAAGCAUUUGUCCAGCUACCUGAACAGAAUGAGGAUAUACCGGAUGGCACAUUGGUCACAAUCACUGGCUGGGGCAAUACCCAAAGUGCGGAGGAAUCGACGGAUGUGCUGCGCGCUGUGACCGUGCCGAAGGUGAAUCAGACCCAAUGCACAUUGGCUUAUCAGAAUUUUGGCAAUAUUACGGAUCGUAUGCUAUGCGCGGGUCUCAGCGAAGGUGGCAAGGAUGCAUGUCAAGGGGAUUCGGGCGGUCCGCUGGCUGUCAAUGGGAAAUUGUGGGGCGUUGUCUCGUGGGGCUUCGGCUGUGCGAGACCCGAAUAUCCUGGUGUUUAUUCCAGAGUUGCGGCGGUCAGGGAUUGGAUUGCUUCGAUAAGCGGCAUUUAAUUUGGCUCAAAUAAAUUGAAAUUGAUAAAUUCACGACAACUUGCAUGUAGCUGAUGGGCAGCACUGGUGUGCGUUCAACAAGUUAAAUGGAGAUGGGCAACACUGCUGCCCAACAACUGAAAUAUAGUUGAUGGGCAGCACUGUCGUUAGCAUACAUCAAGCUCAUUGCUAUGGCAGUUGCAAAAGGGCGCGAAAUUUAAAAAUGGUUGCUCGAAAUGUUUUUCGAUUUUGGCGAUUUUCAUGAUAAUUUUUUUUAUAAAAAUGGACGCAAACUAGGAAGUGAAAAUAGUGUAUUGGCUUUGUGCAAUGCACGCUUUGCUAUCCGUUCAUCCGUCUCUCUGUCUGUAUACCUUUUAUUGCUUGAAGCUACACAGUGACUACUGAUUUUUCCACGAUUUGAUCUAUAGGGGAAGGCAACUGGAAUAAAGACAGUUGAUCGAGAUCGAGUAUUAUGCAGUCGGUUACUUCUUAAACAGAAUAAUAAUAUUCUUUUAUAGCAGAAUUAACGUUGUAUUUGUUGUUUUUAAGAUUUCAAUUUAUUUCAACUUAAUUUUAUUUUGUUUUCGAA